CCGCAGUUACAGGUCGCGCGCUGCUCCAUCAUCACGGGAGCUCGUGACUGACCGGUUUCUCCUCGCGCAGGACUGUCAAAGCUCGAGCGGGUGGCGCCUCCCCUUUUCCUCUAUAUAUGACCAGCCUCAACUCAUCCGCUGUUUUACACUGUGCGUUCCCACUCAGAGAGGAGAUGUGGUCAGGAUAGAACUGCGCUCCUUUUCUUGCGUGUUCCAAAUUGCGUUUUUAGACGAAACCUCUUGUUGCGUCCCGCGCACGUUUGUUUUCCCCCCCUUCUCGUUUAGCUCUUUGUGCUUUUGUUUAUUACAAUGAAGGCCAGCGCACCGGUUCGCCCUCAUAAGGUUUCUUCUGGCAGCAGUCAGCUCUCCUUGCGUUAUUUGUCGGAGCGCAGCCGAUGCAAAAUGGAAGAGGAGGAUCUUUUCUGUCUGCAGUACGACAUGAACGACUGCUACAGCCGACUCAAGCGCCUGGUGCCCACUAUUCCGCAGGAUAAGAAAGUCAGUAAAGUGGAGAUCCUCCAGCAUGUCAUUGACUAUAUCCUGGACCUGCAGCUGGCGUUGGAGACGCACCCGGCUCUCCUGAAACAGACGAGCCCACCCGCCUCCACACGGACCCCUCUCACACAGAUCAACACAGAGCAGAGGACGACGGGUGUCAAUAAGGAAGACUCAGUUUUAUGUCGCUGAAAUGUUGCACACCGGUGUGCACUGAACCCAUCCAAAGCCAAGCCCAGCUUCACCAGGGAAUCCAACACACACCAGGCCCAAUCGCAGGGGAGCAGCACUGAAACUAAUAGCUACUAAAUCAUAAUAUGUAAACAUUUUAACGUCAGCUGUCAAAGAUGCGGUGAAGCCAGCCAGAUUUCUCCUGUGCCCAUUCUGUUCUCUCUCAGUGGGGGAAGCGCUGAAUUUGGGCAGAGAAUCCAAAGCCUUCACCCCCUUUCCACUGGAAUUCCAAUUGGAACAUAACUAAAGGCACCUCAGAUUUAAAAAAAAUCUAAUUUGACUAAAAACAGCAGACUGUAAAGCUUUAUGAAUCAAAAUGGAAAUGUAAACAUCUGACAACUUUGUUAGGUGAUUUGUGUUGAACAGGGAUUUCCCUGCUGUUUAAUAUUGUAAAGAACUACGAUAAGUGUUGACUUAAAUAAUACUGUACAUAACAAGGAUGUUCUAUAAAUGUAUGUGUAAGAGAAUAUAUGUUCAACCAGCUGAUUGUAAUUAUUCUAAAAUAUUUUUUAUCAAAAAUGUUUUGUUCUGUAAAUAUUGUGUUUUCACAUAAAUGUAGUGAAUGAUUACAUGAUGUUCUGCUAAUAAAGGUCUCAUCAUAAACUA